AUGUCGAGUGUUCAUAAUCUCUUCAUUCUUUUAAUCAAUUGUAUAUUACACAUAAAUUCCAAUAGUCAAUGUGAUUUAUUAAGUGCUAUUGAUUUACAAUCAGCGACCUAUAGUCAUUCAAUUAUUUUACGUGUGCAACCGGUUUAUUCAUCGGAAGAAAUUCUAGAAAAUUUCAUUUUACGGAAAGUUUUCAUACGUGAAAUCUUGAAAAUUCCGACACGAAUUUUUCAUUCAAUGAAAAUUAACGAUACCAUUUUCCUUCAAAUUGAACAAGAACUUGACGAAAUGCUUGACGAUUCCUGUUGGCACUUGCUUCGCAUGGAAAACGCCGAUAUCAUCCUGUUUCUCAAUGAUACAGCCAGGAGACAAUUCCACCUGCAAUAUCCACCUGUGGAAUCCACAUUACGCGUUCGAGAAAAUAUUCAAAAUGUUCUAAAAUACGAAACUUAUUCUCCACAAAUAAUCAUCAAGACUCGACUUGAUAAACCAAUUUUAUUGCACGAUUAUUCACUACAAUGUAAUGCUCGUGGAAAUCCCAUUCCACGUUUACUGUGGAGUAAAAACAAUCAAUCAUCCGAAUAUUAUCCAACGGCCAAACAAUGCAAAACACCCUGUCGGAUAUAUUCCAUACAGAAUAAGUACCAGUCGACCCUAUAUUUUCAAUCAUUAAUGAAUAGCGAUGAAGGAUUCUAUGUUUGUCAUGCAGAAAAUCUUCUCAAUUACACUACAGCGAGUAUUUACUUGGAUUUGAAUGAAAAUACACUGAUAAACAGGUCAACGAUGAAUGUGACAUGCGACAGUUUGAAUUUCUGUCACGAGCGAGGACAAUGCCUGGUAAUUGAUAGUCAGCUGAAAUGCUUAUGCGACCGUCGAUAUUUCGGUGAACAAUGUGAAACAGAUUAUGACGAGAUGGUGACAAAUCAUCAGAAUACGCUUCUUCUAUUUAAAUCACGUUUUCUUACUGGAACCAUCCUAUUAUUAGUUAUUUGUAGUUUGAUAUUCAUCGGAUUUAUUUCGUGUUUUCUUUCGAAAUAUAAUCAAGCGAAACAGAAACAGAUUUCACGUGCCAAACUACUCCGCCAAACUGCUCGAAGGAAAACCGAGCUCUUUGAACAACCGCUAAGAAUGGAUCAACACAAAACCGUGUCUCUGCCACAUAUGCAAGUUGGAAAUGAUCGAAAUCAAUGUAUGAGACAUUCGUCAACCAUGGGAAACAAUUGUCUGUCGCUGAAAACUCAUUAUACUGAAGAAACCAACCGCGAUUCGAAAAUGAACCAUCUCAUUCUUUCACGGGAUUACUUAGAUUUCUAUCAGCCGGAUGUCGAAUCCGGUCUAAUACGACCAUUGACUAUAGAGAAAGAUGUGCCUAAACGUCACACGAGACUUGUGCCUACACAAAAUCGUUUUCUUCAACCGUAUCCUAACUCGCAUCGAUGA